AUGGCUCUAACUGUAAAAACCAUUAUCCAAUUCCCAAUUUUCGCUCCACCACCGUCUAACCACCACCACAACCACCGUCCGGCCACCGAAAUCCGCUUCUCGCGGUGGAACAACGCCAACGCACAGAAAUUCAUCCGCCAUGACCUUACUCAGAAAGAAACGGAAGACCAACUACGUUUCCACAAACGCUUCGAGUCCGCCGGAAGAAUUGCCAAUCUCCAACCCACCAACACCACGCCGCCACCAUUCAAGUCCACCGGGACGCCCUCAGCACCUUCCCGCCCUUCAAUUCCAGCAUUCCAGCGAAUUGUACGGCUUAGAAAAAUUCCUAAUCAAAUCGAAGAUGAAACCGGUAUAAAAGUCGGUGACAACGGACUCUCAUACAUAAUUCCUGAAGCCCCUUUUGAGUUUCAAUAUAGUUAUACAGAAACCCCCAAAGUUAAACCCAUAAAACUCCGAGAGCCACCAAUAGCACCAUUUGGUCCGGGAACCAUGCCGCGGCCUUGGACCGGGAAAAAGCCGCUGCCACCGGGCAAGAAGAAGAUUGAAUUUGAUUCCUUUACUUUGCCUCCACCUCAUAAGAAGGGGGUUAAGCCAGUUCAAGCUCCAGGUCCGUUUUUACCCGGGUCGGGUCCUAAGUAUGUACAAUCAAGAGAAGAGGUGUUGGGGGAGCCAUUGUCUAAGGAGGAAAUUGAUGCUCUUAUUAAAGGAUGUUUAAAAUCAGAUAGACAAUUGAAUAUGGGUAGAGAUGGUUUGACACACAAUAUGUUGGACAAUAUUCAUGCUCAUUGGAAACGAAAGAGGGUUUGCAAAAUCAAAUGCAAAGGUGUAUGCACAGUUGACAUGGACAAUGUACGCCAACAACUUGAGGAAAAAACAGGAGGGAAAAUAAUAUAUAGCAAAGGAGGAGUUAUAUAUCUUUUCAGGGGUAGAAAUUAUAAUUACAAAACUCGCCCUAUUUUUCCUCUUAUGUUAUGGAAACCCAUUACCCCUGUCUACCCUCGGUUAAUCCAACGGGUCCCAGAGGGGCUAACACUUGAAGAAGCAAAUGAAAUGCGCAAAAAAGGACGCGAAUUAACCCCAAUAUGCAAGCUUGGGAAAAAUGGGGUUUAUUGUGACCUUGUUAAAAAUGUUAGAGAGGCAUUCGAAGCAUGUGAUAUUGUAAGAAUAAAUUGUGAAGGAAUGAAUGGGAGUGAUUAUCGAAGGAUUGGUGCAAAAUUAAAGGAUCUUGUCCCGUGUGUCUUGAUUUCAUUCGAGCACGAACACAUCCUCAUGUGGAGAGGUCGAUCUUGGAAAUCAAUGUUCACACAAGAAAACGAGCCCCAUGAAGUAAACAAUUCCAAUUCCAAUUCCAAUUCCGAUUCCAAUUCCGAUCUUAAAGAUUCCAUUGUACCAUCUCUAGAAUCAUCACCCGAAAGUGUAACAAAAGAAGAGUGCGAUAAAACCGAAAUCAUAAUUUCUACAGCCGAGAACAUUGAAGACGAGACAAAAUCGUCACCUACUAUAUCCGAAAAUAACAAUCAAGAAUGUUUAGAGGGAGUGGUAUCACUCUUAAAGCAGGCAGUACAAGACGGAAUUGCAACCGUUCUUGAUGAUUCCUGUUUGGAUGCCGAUGCGGUGUAUGCAAAGGCAGUUGCGUUUGCGGAAUCCGCGAUUCCGGGGCCGGCUUUUAGACACCAUCGGGUUAAGAAGACGGGAAUCGAGACAACGGAAAGCAAUGGAGAAGAGGUCGGAUUAGCGGUUUCCGAAGUUAAAGAAGGUGAGAAAGGUAAGAAAACUAAUUCUAGGACUAGAAAGAAGGAUUUGAAGGAUAAUUAUUUAGACGUGGUCCCACAAGCUACACUUAGAGUGGAUGAAUUGGCUAAGCUUCUAGGUUAAGAUUAUGUGCUCUUAUUGUAUUGGGUAUAUAUAUGUUCAAGAUUCUUGUAUUAUAUUUUUUUUUUUGUUGUUUCUUUUCAUUGGUAUUUUAAUAUAGUUAUCCAACCAUAACAUUAUUUAUUACAAGUUUGAGUAAUCUAAGUGAUUGCUACACAUAAUG